AAGAUCAAAUGGAAAACAUAGGUGGUGAGGAAGAUAAAGGAAGUGACUGGGGUAAAUCUCUUCCGGUUCCAAGCGUCCAAGAGCUGGUAAGAAAUGAUCCCCAAUCGGUUCCUGAAAAGUACGUACUACACCACGAAGAUAGGCCAACGGUUCUUGAUAUGGCCCCAUCUUCAUUUGAUAUUCCGAUUAUAGAUUUUGCCUUGUUAGCUAAAGGAGAUGAAGAUGAAACAAGGAAGCUAGACCUUGCUUGCAAACACUGGGGAUUUUUUCAGAUAAUAAACCAUGGGGUGGCAGAGGAGUUGUUGAUUAACAUGAAGGCAGCUAUUGCUGCUUUCUUUGAACUUCCACUGGAAGAAAAGAACCAGUACGCGCAGGCCGGAACCGAUUUCCAGGGAUACGGGCAACAGUAUGUCGUGUCGGAGGAGCAGAAACUCGAUUGGUGUGACAUGAUGUUCUUGAUUACACUCCCGCCUCAGAUUAGGAACCUAAAGUACUGGCCACACACCAUACCAGGUUUCAAGGAUGCUGUGGAGAGGUACUCCGAAGGAGCUCAAAAGGUAGCUGACGAGAUAUGUGACAACAUAUCACUACUUAUGGGCAUUGAUAGAGACGGUCUGAAAAGGUUCUACGGCAAGACGAAACAAGCCAUGCGAAUGAACUAUUAUCCACCUUGUUCAAGGCCUGAUCUUGUCCUUGGUAUUAACCCUCACUCUGAUCCAGAUAUCAUAACAUUACUCUUGCAAGAUGAUGAGAUUCCCGGCCUACAAAUCCGGCACAAACACGAAUGGAUUCUAGUUAAGCCGAUUCGUAACGCUAUCGUUGUGAACGUUGGCGAUGUUGUGGAGAUUCUUAGCAAUGGGGUGUACAAAAGCGUUGAGCACAGGGCAAUCACUAAUGAGACGAAAGUAAGAGUUUCACUUGCAACCAUUAAGAUUCCAUACGAUGAACUGGAGAUCGGUCCUAUGGAGUGUAUGGUGGGCGAUCAUCGGCCUCGAAUGUAUAGAAGCAUCAAGUACCUUGAUUACGUUAGGUACACAUUGGGAAGGAAAAUGGAGGGCAAAGCUCACGUUGACAACAUUCUGAAAAUACAAAGCAGCUGAUUUUAAUUAGUCCAUCUUUAAUUGUCAUCAUUUGUAUGUUGAGAUGAACCCAUACAACUUCAAUUC